UGCCCUUGCCGCUGGUUCAGCCCGCGGCCGGGCGGUGCAGCCGGACGGCCGCAGACUUUGGAAGUCCCUUGUCUUCACAUUGCCGGGAUCCGCGUCUUGCUCAAAUGAGCCACUCAGCCAAUGAAGACAGACGGAACUAGUGCCCUGGUGCUGACUCACAUCUGAAUCACAGCACUGGGCAGCUGGGAUACUGUGUUUGUGCAAAGACCCAUCAUCUCCAUCACUGAGCUUUCCCCAGAGUCUGGAGUACACUCCCCUCUGAACUUUAGUUACAAGCCCAGGUUCCUCAAGGUUUGUGUGACGUCUCACAAGUGGCCUUAUUCUAACUCCCAGAGAUUCUCCAGUAGACCUGAAGGGGCAGGCAACAUGCCAACUCAAUCCCUCCUCAUGUACAUGGAUGGGCCGGAAGUCAUUGGUAGCUCUCUGGGUACCCAGAUGGAGGUGGAUGAUGCUGUGUCCAUCAAAGGGCCAGCCUCAGUCCCCUUCCGAGCUGCUCCGGAGAGGAGCAUGACCCCAGCUGAAGGGCACAUGCCCCUGGACUGCAUGUUCUGCAGCCAGGCCUUCUCUCAUGCAGAGGACCUCAGUCAGCACGUGCUCCUGCAGCACCGACCCACCCUCUGCGAGCCGGCCGUCCUGCGGGUGGAGGCUGAGUAUCUGAGUCCUCUUGAUAAAGGCCAGGUGCCAGCAGAAGCGUCCAAGGAGAAGAACUGCAAAGAGAACGAGGAGCUGAGCUGCGAUGUGUGUGGGCAGACGUUCCCAGGGGCUUUUGACGUUGAGAGCCACAUGAAGAAACACAAGGACUCCUUCACAUACGGGUGCAGCAUGUGCGGGAGACGGUUCAAGGAGCCAUGGUUCCUGAAGAACCACAUGCGGACACACAAUGGCAAGUCUGGCACCAGGAGCAAGUUGCAGCAGAUCCUUGAGAGUCCUAUGACUAUCAAUGAAGUAGUCCAGGCACAUGUAGCUGGGAGCAUCUCCUCUCCCUACAAGAUCUGCAUGGUUUGCGGCUUCCUCUUCCCAAAUAAGCAGAGCCUCAUUGAGCACAGUAAGGUUCAUGCCAAAGAAACUGCCUCCAGUGCCCCUAGCACAGCCCCUGAUGUCCAGCAGGAGGGACCCACGCCCCCAAGGGAAGAGCUGCUGCAGUUUUUGAACUUGAGACCCAGAUCCCACCCGGAGACUCCAGUGAAGCCCACCACCUGUAUACCUCAGCUUGACCCAUUCACCACCUACCAGGCAUGGCAGCUGGCCACCAAAGGGAAAGUGGCCAUUGCCCAAGAAGAGGUGAAGGAGUCAGGCCAGGAAGGGAGCACGGACAAUGACGAUUCGUGUUCAGAGAAAGAGGAACUUGGAGAAAUUUGGAUUGGGAGCAAGUCGGAAGGUUCUGGAAAGUCCAAAACAAAUAGAAGCAGUUGUCCAGGUCUCUCCCAAGACAAAGAGAAGCCUAGACAUGCCAACAGUGAAGUGCCUUCUGGGGAUGGUGAUCCCAAGGUGCCCAGCAGCAAGGAGAAGCCCACACACUGCUCUGAGUGCAGUAAAGCCUUCAGGACCUACCACCAGCUUGUUCUGCACUCCAGGGUGCACAGGAAGGACAGGAGGGCCGAUGCCCCAUCUCCUACCAUGUCUGUGGACGGACGACAGCCUGGGACUUGCUCCCCAGACCUUGCUGCCCCUCUGGAAGAAGGUGGGGCCGUGGACCGAGAAGGGGGCUCUGAAGACGGGUCUGAGGAUGGCGUCACUGAAGGGCUCCAUUUGGAUAAAAAUGAUGAUGGAGGAAAAGCAAAGCCCCUCACGUCGUCGAGAGAGUGUAGUUACUGUGGCAAGUUUUUCCGUUCAAACUAUUACCUCAAUAUUCAUCUCAGAACGCAUACAGGUGAAAAACCAUACAAAUGUGAAUUCUGUGAGUAUGCCGCAGCCCAGAAGACGUCUCUGAGGUACCACCUGGAGAGACAUCACAAGGACAAGCAGCUGGUGGAUGCUGCCACGGAGGCCAAAAGCGAAGGCCGGAGCCAGGAGCCCCAGGAAGUACUGCUAACUGCCAACAGCGUGCAGACCAAAAAUUUAAAGCGCUUUCUUGAUGGUGCCAAAGAUGGUAAGGGCAGCCCACCUGCCAAGCAGCUGAAGGAGAUGCCUUCUGUCUUCCAGAGUGUUCUGAGCAGCACUGUCCUCUCACCAGCACACAAGGAUACUCAGGAUUUCCAUAAACAUGCAGCCAGUGAUGGCGAGAAAGUGCGAAAGAGCCCUGCCCCUGCCUAUCUGGACACGACAAAGAAGAGAGCAGCAGGUGACCCUCAGGCCAGCAGCCCUGCUUGCAAGCUAGAGGGGGUCGGACCCCUGGCACGGGAAGCCGGCCAUAGGGAGAAGAUGGAGUGGGAAGCUGACUGCCAGGACAGUCCUUUGAAUCUAUCCCUUGGGCUACUCCACGCCUCUCCUGCCAUCACCCUGAAUAAGUGUCUCAUUCCCAGCAUCUCCUGCCCCUUCUGUACCUUUAAGACCUACUAUCCAGAAGUUCUGUUGAUGCACCAGAGACUGGAGCAUAGGUACAACCCUGACACCCACAAGAACUGCAGCAGCAAGUCUGUGAUGAGGAACCGGAGGACAGGCUGUCCUCCUGCCUUGCUGGGCAAAGAUGUGCCUCCCUUGUCCAGCCUGCACAAGUCGAAGGUCAAGCCUGCCUUCUCAUCACAGGCCAAGUCCCUGCACCCGGAGAAGGUCCGACAGGGCUCCUCGGGGCCGAACAAAGCUCCCCAGACAUCAGGGCCAGACAACAGCACUUUAGCCCCAAGUAACCUGAAGUCACACAGGUCACAGCCUAGUGCCGGAAGUCCUGGGGCCGCCAGGCAGCAGCAGUCAGAGCUGUUUCCCAAAGGUGGCGGCGUCUCUGCUGCUACAGAGAAGGUGAAGAGACCCGAGCUGAAGCCCAAGGCCCUGCCAGCUGCCCCAUCUCAGUCUCCCCUCGGCAGUAGUAAUGGCAACGGCUCCAUCGAGUACUCUGUGAAGGUGGAUGGCCCAUGGGUGUCACAAGGAAGAGACUACUACUGCCAUCGGAAUGCUGGCAGUGCCGUAGCAGAGGUCAGUGAGCCACAUCCAAAAAGACUCAAAUCCAGUGUGGUGGCCCUGGACACAGAACAUCCUGGGCCCAACGGCAGAAGGGGCUUUGAGCUCCCCAAGUACCAUGUGGCCAGGAGUAUCACCUCGCUAUUACCAUCAGAGUAUGUGCGUCCAUCGCCUGUGCUGCUCCCCAAAGCCCGUUUCCUGAGCCCUGGGGAGGUGGAGUCGCCCAGUGUGUUGACUGUGCAGAAGCCCUGUAGCACCUCUGGACCUCUGUAUACCUGUGGACCUGUGGGACAUGCAGGAGCCAGCCCAGCCCUUGAAGGAAAGAGGCCGGUGUCCUAUCAGCACCUAUCCAACAGCAUGCUGCAGAAGAGAAGCUAUGAGAACUGUGUGGGAAAUACACAUUAUCGACCAAAUGACAAAAAAACUUGAUUUCUGAGUUUGGGGAAAAGGUCUCGCCAGAUGCAAGUACACACUUCCCACGGAAUCACACUUUGGUUCAUCUUGUGCGAGCGCGUGGUGAUAGCUACUGAAGAAGCUGUGACUGUAUUGUACAUAGACUCCAAGAGCAGAGAAGGAACACUACAUCCUCUAAAGUUCUGUUAACUUUUGUACCAAAUAGCAAUAAAAACUAGUGGGAGCAGUUGGGCUGUACACAAA